CCCAACGACUGCUCCCAGGUCAGUCACUGUCACUGAUCAAUAAUGCCUUUCAGGAAAUAUCACAAACAAACUGAAGAAAAAGGAAGGAAUUACUACCGUGUCUAGCUAGCUACACAGUUGACACACAAUCUCAGUUGAGCCGCUAAUCACCCUUCACCGGAAACAAUGGCCGGACUUUUCUCAAAUGCUUUGGAGAUGAUCAAGGAGUUAUCCAUGCCUCAUGCCGUUAAAUAUCUUGAACCCAUAUGGAGUGGAGUUGAUGAACAGCUUCAAAAGCUCCAAGAAUCCUUACUUCUUAUCCAACCGCUUGUUGAAGAUGCAGAGGCGAGGCAGUUGACGGACAAGGCUGUCAGAUGCUGGCUUGUGUGGCUCAAAGACGCAGUCUAUGAUGCUGAAGACAUUCUUGACGAGGCCAAGACGCAUGAACUAGUCAUCCAGCGCAAGGCACAGCUUUCUGGUCGCCCAAGAAUUAGCAAGGUGCGUGAAUUCUUUUCUCGUGAUCAUAACCCAUUCUUGUUUAAACUUCAGUUGGGGAGGAAGCUCAGAAACAUCAAUGAGAGAAUAAAUGACCUCAUUGAAAAGAUGGACAAGUUCAAACUCAGGGUUGUUGAAAACAACAGCAAACCUUUGGGGAACAGGCCUCAAACCUACUCAUAUGUGCAUGAAUCACGAGUUAUUCUUGAUAGAGAUGAAGAUAAAGAGAAGUUAGUGCAGAUGCUGAUCAGUGAUUAUUUUGGUGAGAAAGUGACUGUGGUUUCUAUAGUCGGCAUGGGUGGUCUGGGUAAGACCACACUUGCUCAGUUGGUCUAUGCAGAUGAAAGGGUCAAGAAUCAUUUUGAACAAUGCAUGUGGGUAUGUGUUUCUGAUGAUUUUGAUGUGCCGAAGCUUGCUGGAAAGAUCAUACAUACAGCUUCUGGGAAAAUUUGUGAUCAUACAAACAUGGAGGUGCUGCAGAAGGAUUUGCGAGAUGUCUUGGGGCAGAAGAAAAAUUUACUGGUAUUAGAUGAUGUAUGGAAUGAAGAUUUCCAAAAGUGGGAUGAUCUUAGAAACAUGUUGCUCGAUGGAGGAGAAGGAAGCAGAAUUCUUGUGACCACACGCAAUGAAAAAUGCUCUCGAGUGAUGGGUGCUCAGAAACCUUACAUUCUCAGUGGUUUAUCAGAAAAAAGCUCUUGGGAUUUAUUUCAACAGAAAGCAUUUGUUGAUGAUGCAGAAAAAGCACCAGGAUUAGUAGAGAUUGGUAAAAAGAUUGUUAUGAAAUGUCAAGGACUACCACUUGCUAUACAAGUAAUGGGGAGUAUCAUGCGCUGUAAGAGCGAUGAAAGUGAAUGGCAAGCUGUGUUGGAAAAUGAAACAUGGAAGUCACAACAUACGGAAAAUAAAAUCAUGCCGGAACUGUGGCUAAGCUAUGUUGACUUGUCUUCUCACUUAAAGAGAUGUUUUGCCUUUUGCGCUAUUUUCCCAAAGGGUUUUCUUUUUUUGGAACAGGACUUGAUUCAAUUUUGGAUGGCUCAUGGGCUUAUUCCGUCUGGAAAAGGAACUGAUAUGGAAGUUGAAGGGCGAGAGACUUACACUGAGUUAAUAAAGAGAUCUCUUUUAACUAACGAUUAUCUUGUUCCUGAAUGGGAAUAUGAAAGAGUGUGUAAGAUGCAUGAUCUCAUUCAUGAUGUGGCACACUAUGUUAUGGAGAAUGAAUGCUUCACAUCGUUGAAGAGCUGUGCAGCCCCCAAAAUUCCAAUAAAGCCACGUCAUUGGAAUUUACAUACUGAUGAAAAUUGUGAAAUAGGGGAUUGCUCCACCAUCCAUACUCUGCUAUAUUAUAGUUAUUAUUGUAAAAGAGACUUAAGUGUGUUGUCAAAGCUGAAGUUGGUAAGGGUGCUUGACCUGAGUUUCACAAGCACUAAGGAGUUGCCUGCAUCAAUAGAGCAUUUGCACCAUCUAAGAUACCUUGAUCUUUCUUAUACUCAUAUAAGGAAACUACCGGAAUCCAUUUGUAUGUUGGUUAAUCUGCAGACAUUGAAACUCUAUCGUUGUCAUAAACUUUCUGAGCUUCUUCCUAAGAGCAUAACAUACAUGAACAGUCUUAGACAUCUUCUUUUUGAAGGUAAUCGUCGUCCAGAGUUGGAGGCAUUAAAUGCUUGUUUGAGUCAAUUACAAAACUUGAAAACACUACCACGAUAUACCGUGGAAGAUGAUGCAGAGAACAAUAUAGGACAAAUAAAGUCCUUGAAUCCCUUUGGUGAAUUUGAUUUGUAUAACCUCCAGAAGGUGAAGAAUGCUGAUGAUGCUAGAAAAGCUAAUUUGGGCAACAAACAACUUAUUCACACAUUAAAAUUAAGUUGGGGAAAAUUUGGUUGGGGAGAUGAUGAUGAAUGUUUUUUGAUGGAAAAUGCAGAGGAGGUGUUGGAAGCCUUGAAACCUCCCAGUGGAUUGAAAGAACUUACAGUGAGUUAUUAUCCAGGCAAACAAUUUCCAAUGUGGAUGGGAGAAAAGCAACAAUUCCAAUAUCUACAUCGCAUUGAACUAUUCAAAUGCAAAGCAUGUGAGCAACUCCCUUCACUUGAGAUAUUACCCUGUCUUAAGUUUCUCAAAAUCAGUCGUAUGCAUGGCAUCAAACACAUCAUUAGCAACAGAGGCAGUGCACAGCAUUCAUUUCCUGCAUUGAAGUUUCUAGAGUUAAAAUAUAUGGAAAACCUAGAGGCGUGGUGGUGUGUGGAGGAGGAUAGAGAAGCAAAUCUGUCCUUAUUUCCAUGCCUCACUUCAAUGGAUAUUGAAAGAUGCCCCAAAUUGACAACCCUGCCACUCGGGAUUUUACCCUGUCUUGAGAAUCUCAAAAUGUAUGAAAUGGAUGGCAUCAAACACAUUGUCAACAAUAGAAGAGACGAUGCGCAGCAAUCAUUCCCUCAAUUGAAGAAGCUGUCCUUAAAAUCAAUGAGGAACCUAGAGGGGUGGUGUGUGGAGGAGGAUAGAGAAGCAAAUCCAUCCUUGUUUCCAUGCCUCCUUUCGAUGAAGAUUAUAGAAUGCCCCAAGUUGACAACAACCAUGCCACCCAUUCCAACUCUCCAAGAGUUAAAUAUGAAGAAUUCAUUCUGUGAGACACAAAUCUCUCUCAAGCAUUUGGAGUCUCUUGGGAGGUUGACUAUAAGUUCUUGUACUAAGGAGUUGGUUUUGUUGCUGGAAGAUGAAGAGGAGACAAGAGCCAUGAAGUCAUCGCUUGAGUAUUUAUCCAUUGGCAACUGCAGUCAGCUUUCGUUGACAUUGGUUUUGCAGAACCUUACAUCUCUAAGAGACCUACAUGUGAAUUCAAUUGAAAAUCUGGUGUCCUGGCCAGACGAGAUGCAAGGUUGGAAGUCCCUCAAUUAUCUAACAAUUAGUUCUUGUAAGAAUUUGACAGGUGCAUCAUCACAAGGCGUCUGUGGUCCACCGUUGCUAGAGCUUCUUCAUGUUUCUGACUGUGAUGCCCUGAGAAAAUUGCCCAUGUGUCCCAAAUCACUCCAAACCUUGAGUAUUAACAAUUGUCCAGUAAUGGAGUCUUUGUGGCCAGAAAUGGGACAUCUUACUUCACUAUCCACAUUAGAAGUGGGUAAUUGUCCCAAGCUCGUGUCUCUAUCUCACGGGAUGCAAGCCCUCUCUUCCCUUCAGGAUCUAUCUAUUACAUCUUGUCCAGCACUGAAGUCAUUCCCAAGAGGCCUCCGACAACUACUUCCUACUUUAGAAGAACUAACAAUCAAAGAAUGCCCGGAGCUAGAGAGGUUAUGCAAGCCUGGAGGAGACUAUUACAACCUUCUCUCUACCAUUUCAAAGAAGCAAAUAGGAGAAGAGUCAGGAGUAGAGUCAAUUCAAGUUCGUCAUGAGAUUAGUACUAGUGCCAAACAAGCUUUGAAGUGCAUCACCACAAAUCGCUUCCUUUUAUCAGCGAUUUUGAUUUGUGCUAUUGCCGCCUGUUUCAUAAAUUUCCUUUUCAACCAACUUGAUAGCCAGAUUCACCUUUGCCAUAAAUGUGUACAUAAAAUAUUGUGGUGUACACCUGAUGUGGUUCCCGUUCGUAUAACUUCUGUCAAUCAAUCUGAUUAUUCAAGUGUUCUGAUCACUAUACUACUACUCCAAUGGGUGGAAAUAGUAUUUGUAUUUAUAAGUCAUGGGACUGAGGCAAGUGUUUAAAUCCUUUUUCAAAUCCUCUGCUCUCAAUCCACCUGGCAUUUCCCAUCAUAAGUGAUGCACAAGAUUUGUAAGAGCAAACUCAAUUGUGGCAACUGCAAACUGCAUUGCUCCACAAAUCUUUCAGCAAAAUUGGAAUCAUGUCAUUGGAAAUCUAAACAAGUGUUCAUAAAUCUCUCCAGUAUGAACACUUUGUGCAAGCCUGGAGUUGGAGGAUGUUGUCUUGUCACUUCUUUCAUUACCGACGCAAGGCCUCACUUCCUAAUACAAAGGAAAGAUGCAUCUGUGCAAUCAAUGUACAGAAACUCUUGUGUUGUUCGCACAUGAUCGUUCUCAAUGAUGGAACUUCCCUCGAGCAUUCCAAUCCUUUUAUCACUGACAUUAAUCCUGUGAGCAAUUCAAGUGUGGCAACUACAAACUGCAUUCCUUCAUGAGUCCUUCGCCCAACAGCAAAUGAAAUAAACUCGGAAUAAUGUCAUCGGAAAUCUAAAUCUUUGUUCCAUAAAUUUAUUUGGUAUGAACUCUUUUAGCAAGUCUCAAGAUUUUAGAUCCCUCCAUAAUUCUCUUGCAUUGAUGAUUACUCUCUUGUUUAGUUGGAAAUCUUGUAGGCUUACAACUCAGUGCCUUCGAUGUUGUCAAGCACAUUUUAUUCGUAUCCUCCUUGGUCAACAUUAAACACUUUUCACCCACUGUCCUCGCCUCGUCUUGUUACUUCUUCAUUACUUUAGGAUUCCAAAUGAGCAUUGCCGUAGUCCACUCCAAGAAUAUAUGUAUGAGGGACAGACAAAAGCUCAUUUUUCCAGAAGAUGAUGUGCACCUGAUUCUCAUAUCUCUUUGUGCAAGAAUUUAGAGUUUCUUCUUCAAAGAUUGUUUGAAUGUGUAAUGAUUGCAAAUGAACUAACCCCUUUAGUCCCACAUCGGCUAUGAGAUGGAGUCCUUGUGUGCAUAUAAGUGGUGGGCAUCCUUCACCACUGGCCGGUCUUUUGGUGGCACGCUUUCCUCACCACCCAGUGGUGAAGGAUACCCACCACUUAUAUACACACAAGGACUCCGUCUCAUAGCCAAUGUGGGACUAAAGAGGUUAGUUCAUUUGCAAUCAUUACAGAAUGUACAAUUAAUUUUCAGUCACAACUUUGUGUCUGAUUACGGCCAUGACUGAGCAGAUGCCCUGGGGAUGAUCAAAACUUGACAUGUUGAAGAACUAAAAGAUUCAUGAAAUACUUGUAACCUCUUUAUUGGUGUUUUUAGAGAUAUCAAUCAAUCGGCACAUGUUUUCCCCACUUCCGCUUUUUUAUCAAGGAUUUGGAAUUGCUAGCACCUUUGAAUUAUCAGAAUCAAGCAGAAGUUCAUUCCUUGUAGACAAAAAGACAUUGUCACAUGUUGUGUAUCAUCUUUUGCACUAGUUUUAGAAUGUUGAAAUUAAACAUGGUUUGAUAUC